UCCAUUUGGCAGUGACAUGUUUCAGAAGAACAAUGAACACCAAGGGCAGCAGUAUAGUCUUAUUCCUCUAUUUCCUGACUUUGUUUACCUUCACAGACUGUAAUACAUGUCAAGAAAAUAUAUUAGAAGGGAACAGUCUUACCAUUCCUCUGUCUACAAAUCCACUUAAAGAUGAUGAUCGAUUCUCGAUAAAAAGAGAUAAUUUUGUAGUCGUCCGCAGAAGGACAAAAGGCCAAAGGGGCCCAGGGACUUUGGAACAAGACAAGUCCCUGAUACUCCCAGAAUUGAAACUGACUGAUGCUGGGACAUACACUCGUGAGGUUUUUGAUGGGAAAGGCAACCCAAUAGGAUCACCAUGGUCAUUAAACGUCUGUGUUUAUGCAAAAGUCCCGACACCAACAGUGAAUAUUACAUGUCAAAAUGAGAAGGUUUACUUCAGCUGUGAUGUCAAUUACACCAAAAGUCUGACCUACAGCUGGCAGAGAAAUAAAAAAAAGUUGGAAAAAGAAUUAAACAAAAAAUACAACUUUUCAACAAAUUAUGAAAAGGAUGGCCAGUCAAAGUUUGCAUGCACUGCAUCUAAUCCAGCUCAUAACAAGACAAGUGAUGAAUUGAAAAUAGAAUGUUUAUCCCAGAAUACGCUCUUUGGCUUUGACUUUUGGAUCAUGGUGAGCAUCUUAGCUGGUGGAGGAACUCUUGUACUGAUACUGUUUAUUGUGCUGGUAACUGCUUCCUGCCGUGCCUGUAAACGCAAAAGGAAACAUCAGGAAGAUGAAGAAGAGUUCAGACUGAACUACGUCAACACCGGUCCACCUCCUGGUCAACAAAAAUCAAAGCAAACAGCAAGAGGUCAGCCAGCACCCCCAGAACCCUAUGAUGAUGUUUCUGCCCAUGAAGUACCUCAAGCCGAACCUCGACCCAAGACCCAGCAACGCGCUCGGCCUCCACCACCUCCAAUCGAUGACGAAGAGGAACACCCUCCACCAUUACCCCAACCGAGGAAAAAACAGCGUGAAAAAAAGCUUGAAAAACCAGUGUGAUGGAGGAUUGGGUACACCAGUCAGGUGAAAUGAUUAAAUUAUAUUUGUAUCUGGAUCAUUCCAGAAUUCGGGAUCCAUUUUGUGUCUCUGAGAUCAACCUUUUGUUAUUUUCCACAAAAGAAAUCUUUAUUGGAUCAGUUUUGAACAAUAAUGCAAAUUAUGACAAUCUUUCACCAAUAGUGAUGCUUGAUGUCCAUUUUAGACCCAAUUUAUCCAUAAAACAUAAAACUCCCACCCAUUCCCACACAUUAUUGGCCGUCUUUGACUCCUGAUUCAGCCAUUCAACUCCAAUAAACAGCAGGUGAUUCAGUCUAACAGUUUGUUUUUUGGAGCUUAUUCUAUUAAAAGUAGUCAGCUUUUCGAUUUCAUAAAAUCGGUGAAAUUUAGUUCUGUCUGAAAUGUGGUCAUUGUGAUGCUUUUUUUCUGUAAUGUCUAAAAAAACCCACCCCGUUCUGUGGCUGGGAAGUGAUUUAAUUUGAGGGGAUUAAAGCAAAUAAUGUGCAUGAAAUCGCUCGCUUCACGCAGUCAAGCAGACAGAGGAAGUCCGUGUGUGUGCGCAUGCGCAGGUUUCCCUUUGAGCGUGCACUGACAGUUCCAUCAUUCUGUCGCUAAACGAACAGCUGAUCACACCAAGGUGCUCGCUGAGCGCCCAUAUUUAUUAGUUUGGUCCUGCGUUUCCUUUCCUUCGUAUAUAACAUAACAUCUUUUCUUCAAGCUUUCUGUUACUGUAGUCGGUCUUUCACGUUUCAUUCGCACACUCACGUCCUCCAUUUUUCUCUCCUGUUUCAAAUUUGUAUCCCACAAUGCCUUGCAUGAACAGCGAAAGCCCACCAUGUGAUGCAUGACGUAGUAUCUUGAAUUGGGCCAUGGUGAAGCAGGAAAAAAUAGCAGUGAAUUUCGGGCCAUGUGGCUCUAAAUUCAUUAAUUGUUCUAUUAAUAAAAAAACUAAUAAAAUUGGAAGUCUGUGAUUUGAAUUCAGUAGCUUUCGGUCAACGAAACAAAAAUAAUUGGGUGUCGGGAAAAUUAUUUUGAUGACUUAAACUUGAAAAAUCUGAAAGGCUGUCUAGCUUUAACUGUAUUAUGUGAAAUUUCAGUCAUAAAUAUAUAUAUAUAUAUUUUUUUAUUAGUCCCAAUGUUCUUGUCAACUCUGUUAACUCUGUUAUAAAACCACAUAAAAUCCACAAAGACUUUAAUAAUACGCAUGACGCCUGCACCAAGUGAUGUCACUUCCUCUGGCAGAAAACCUCAGAAAGGCAGUGAGGGAUGUAUGUUCUGUUUCUUCUCUCAUUAAUUUGAACAAAAUGUUGAGGAUUUUACACCAACAUGAGAUUAAUUAUUCAUCAACUCUGUUAUUGUGAUAUUGGAGUGAAUCUCUCACUCAGUAAAAAAAAAAAAAACAAUAUGAUUAAAAUCCAUAAAAUUCAGUUUUUAUACAUGCCGUGUGGUAGCUAGUUUGGGGUCAGUGUGUGGCUUUAAGACACAAAAUGGUGGAAAGUGUCAACUCUGUUACGGUAUAGCCAGUUUGCUUAAUGGAUUGUGCAAUUUAACGAUCACAGGGUUGAUGAUGACUAAUAAAGUCAACACUUGAAAUGUACCCGCAGUUAUAGAAUGGGCUGUGUGUAUGUGUGAAUAUAUAUGAAGGAAAUAAGAGUAAUAGUAAAUGUGCAAAUAAUAAAGAUAACAUUUCAGCACUUUUCACGUACAUGUGUGUUUUAUAUAUAUCCAUACAUACUUUAUAUAAUAUUCACUGUUAUUAGAACAGAGUAAAGAGAACUGAGUCAGCUUUCAUAGUUACACAUAUACAGUAUAUUUAUAUUAGAGACACACUUGGGGUCUUAUGAGCUUGUAGUCUGUCUGUCCAGGAAUAUUAACUGAUUGAAAAGAUUUUUGGAAAACUAAUUAUUAUUAUUAUUAUUAUUAUUAUUAUUAUUAUUAUUAAAAUCUGUAUUAUUAGUUUCAAGAAACAAACUUUUUAGUCAGACUAAGAAAAGUUCUGCGUCUACAUUUCAGUGUAAUUCAUAAUUUAACAUUCACAUUUUUUCAAAACAAACAAACAAACAAACAAACAAACAAACAAACAAACAAACAAACAAAACUAAAAUAAUAUUCUAUUUAAGAAACCACAAACCUGCAGACUCCUCACACUGAGCAUCCGAAAUAAGCCAACCCAUGAAGUCACAUCUCCUAAUGUAGUGCUUUGUUUCAAAAAGUUACCAAAACCACAAAAGACAGAUUGCAAUUAGUCACAAUCCGCAUUCAAGAUUAUCCGCACGUACGAUAAAAGUGAGAGAACAACUUGCAAUUCUUUCUUGCAACAUCAUUGCAAUGGCUGUUUAUUUCUUUUAGAAUUGAUUUGAAGAUUGCAUUACUGGUUUAUAAAGCUCUCAGAUCACAUUGUUCAAAUUUGAGUUUUAAGGUCACAUACUGGCCUGUUACAUGCUCAGGUAAAAAAAAAUAAUAAUAAAAUAAAGAAAAGAAAAAAGAAAAGGGGAGGGGGACUGAGGCAGAACCUGAAGCAUCUUUCUGUCACUAUGCAAAAAAGACAUGUAUAAUUUAAAUGAUCAAUAUUCAACAGAUGAAUUUCAUGAGUCAUUAAAAAAAGCAGCUAAUAACAUUAGAAUUUCAGUAGAAUUGUUCGUUCUUCAUUUUUAUUUCCCCCUGCAUUUAUGGUUUUAUUUUCGUCUGUGGUGUUUUGUUUUUUUCUCACUCUCGCAUAUUAUAUGGACCUCACACCAAGUGGUUUUAAAAGCAGGUAGCAAACACCCAGUGAAUGACACUUAGCUCUUUUAUUUCCUCAUCGGCUGCUCGUUUCCUGUGUGUAGGUGAUAUGUAAAACUGCAGGAGGUCUUUUUUUUUCCCCACAUGCAUACACCAUUUUGACUGCGAACACCAUUUUGACUUUUUAGCAACAGUAGUGCUAUGUCAGUAAAGUCAUUUUUAAUUACUUAUAGUACAACCCCAAUUCUAAAAAAGUUGGGUGUAAACUGUAAAUAAAAACAGAAUGCGGUAAAUUAUAAAUCAUAGAAACCCUAUAGUUCAUUAAAAAUAGUACAAAGACAACAUAUCAAAUGUAGAAACUGAGAAAUUUUAUUGUUGUUUGAAAAAUAUAUGCUCAUUUUGAAUUUGAUGUCAACAACAUGCUUACAAAAGUUGUGACGGGGCAUGUUUACCACUGUGUUGCAUCACCUCUACUUUUAACAACACUCUGUAAACGUUUGGGAACUGUGGAAACCAAUUGCUGUAGUUUUGAAGGAGAAAUGUUGUCCCAUUCUUGCCUGAUAUACAAUUUCAGUUGCUCAACAGUUCAGGGUCUUCAUUGUUGUAUUUUGCGCUUCAUAAUGUGCCAAAUGUUUUAAAUGGGAGACAGGUCAGGACUGCAGCAGGUCAGUUAAGCACCUGUACUCUUUUACUACAGAGCCAUGCAGUUUUAAUAUGUGCAGAAAGUGGUUUGGCAUUGUCUUGCUGAAAGAAGGAAGGCCUUCCCUGAAAAAGAUUUUGUCUGGAUGGCAGCAUAUUGCUCUGAAACGUGUUUAUAUCAUUCAGCAUUAAUCAUGCCAUCCCAGAUGUACAAGCUACCCAUGUUAUGUGCACUAAUGCCCCCUCAUGCCAUCACAGACGCUGGCUUUUGAACUGUGCACUGAUAACAAGCCGGAUGGUCCCUCUCCUCUUUAGCCUGGAGGACGUGGUGUCCGUGAUUUCUAAAAAGAAUUUCUACUUUUGAUUCAUCAGACUUCGGGACAGUUUUCCACUUCGCCUCAGUCCAUCGUAAAAGAGCUCGGGCCCAGAGAAGGGGGCGGGGUUUCUGGAUAUUGUUUAUAUCUGGUUUUAACUUGCAUUUGUGGAUGCAGUAAUGAACUGUUUUCACAGACGAUGGUUUUCUGAAGUGUUCCUGAGCCCAUACAGUGAUUUCCACUACAGACACGUGUCUGCUUUUAAUGCAGUGUCUCCUGAGGGCCUGAAGAUCACAGGCAUCCAGUGUCAGUUUUCAGCCUUGUCUCUUGCAUACAGAGAUUUCUCCAGAUUCUCUGACUUUUUUAAUGAUAUUAUGAACCACAGAUGAUGUGAUCCCCAAAUUCUUUGCAGUUUUACACUGAGGAAAGUUAUUCUUAAAUUAUUGCACUGUUUGUCCACGCAGUCUUUCACAGAGCAGUGAGCCCCUCCCCAUCUUUACUUCUGAGAGACUCCGCCUCUCUGGGAUGCUCUUUUUAUACCCAAUCAUCUUACUGACUUGUUGCCAAUUAACCUAAUUAGGUUUUUUAGCAUUACACAGCUUUUUCAGUCUUUUGUUGCCCCUGUCCCAACUUUUCUGAAACGUGUUGCUGACAUCAAAUUCAAAAUGAGCAAAUAUUUCUCAUCUCAUCUCAUUAUCUCUAGCCGCUUUAUCCUGUCCUACAGGGUCGCAGGCAAGCUGGAGCCUAUCCCAGCUGACUACGGGCGAAAGGCGGGGUACACCCUGGACAAGUUGCCAGGUCAUCACAGGGCUUCUGAUAUGUUAUCUUUCUACUAUUUUCAAUGAUAUAUUGGGUUUCCAUGAUUUGUAAAUCUUCACAUUCUGUUUUUAUUGUUUUACACCACAUCCCAACUUUUUUGGAAUUGGGGUUGUACAUCUUGUGUUUUGUGCAUUCCUAGAUUUUCUUCUUAUUUAUAUAAAAUCUGUUUUGUAUGUGUAUUUUUUUGUCCAUAUGUUGUCUAAAUUAUAUGACAUUGUUUCCAUGAACUCACUGUAGCACUGUAGUGAGAUUAUGAACAAAUGUAAAUGCCAUCGUGUCUAAAGAAUUGGAAGUUCGACAAGGUUGUGGGAUAAGACAUUGUGAAAUCAACAUACCUGAUUACAUAAAUAAAUCCAUGAAUAGAGUGGAAUAUAUAUAGUAGCAUGUUUUUCAUUUAAUGUAUUAAAAUUUCAUUUAUUGCAAUGUG